AUGUUCCAUACCUUUGAAACUGCUCCAUAUGCCAGCCCCGACCAGGCCGAGCAAAAUGCCAGCGCUGCGGCCAAACGGCGGACCUCCACCGUAAGGGCCUGUGAGCCCUGCCGGCGACGCAAAAUCAGGUGCAAUGGUGAGCAUCCGUGUGAGACCUGCCAGUGGUAUCGGAAGGCCGCAUCUUGCCAUUACACCGAGCCUAGGCAGCGGCAAAUUCCCUCUAGAAGAUCGGUGGAGAAGAUCUCACAAACUCUCCAAGAGUAUCGAGGCAUUCUCCAGAAACUCUUCCCUAACGUGCACCCGGACCAGCUGAAAGACCUUGGCCGUGAGAGGCUUGUUGAGCUCAUUCAGAAAAGCAGUCCGUUUCAUCCUCCUUCUCCACGCACACCCAGCAUCGAGGAGAAGCCUCCUCCGGUCAACCCUGAUGCUGCCAACCUCGAGCAGCUGCAGCCUAUGCCCGAGGACAGCAAUGAUGGCUUCCCAGAACGCAAACAUCAUGCUCUCAGAGGCAUCACCGACGACGUCAACAUGCUCUCGCUCUCUGUGAAGCAAAAUCCGUCCUACCUCGGAAUAUCAUCAGUCAUGGCAGUCCUACGAGUAAUCACUUGGCUUGAUCCCGAAUGCCUGACGAGGUCCCCCGAGAGGAGCGCCAUCCCCACUCGGGAGCCAUCACCAUCUCCAGAAGCUCGUGCCUCGCAGCAUGACAAGCCGCGGACCGACACUCCUGCGGCUCCUGCGUGGGAUGAAAUCCCCUUGAUUAACGCAUAUUUCACAUUCGUCCAUCCGUUUAUACCUCUGAUUGAGGAACAAGCCUUCAGAGACACAUACAUGGCUGCAAAAAGGACCGAUUCCAGGUGGCAGUUGCUCCUCAACAGUGUCCUUGCCAUGGGCAGUGUAGCGGCAGGAACAGCCGAGGACACUGGACAUCAAGUUUACUUCAAUCGAGCAAAACAACACCUCACCAUGGACACACUGGAUACUGCCCAUCUGGAAACCGUUCAAGCUCUUGCUAUUCUCAGCGGCUUCUAUCUCCAUUACAUCCAGGUGCCCAACCAAGCGAACAGCCUGAUGGGUGCCACUUUGAGGGUCGCCACCAUGCUGGGCCUACAUCGAGACUAUUCUGAAGGCGUUGGGCCUGCGAAGGCUCAAAAGGCGUCGUUCUCUAUUGAGAUGCGGCGGAGGAUAUGGUGGUGUACGUUCAUGCUGGAUGCCUGGGCUGGCAACACCCUCGGCAGACCAAGUAUGGGUCGGAUGAGCCAUGCCAUCACAGCAAAGCCUCCACAAGAGCCUAUUGGCCAGUCGGAGGCCAUGCUGGCGUUGGUACAGGAGAAUGUCCGUUUCUGCAUCAUCAGCACAAGAAUGGAAGAUGCCCUUGCUGUCUCACCCUUGUUGGAGGAGCACGAGCGCCACGCCCUCGAUGCCCUGUAUCUGGAAUGGUACAGACAUUCAUCUAUCCAAGCGGGCUCGCCGCAUCCACAUGUCAGCGAGUCACCUGGCAUCACAACCCUCAAGAACGUCAUGAGGUGGAAGUACCUUUCCAACAGGGUCAUCCUCCACCGACCGGUGCUGCUGUGGUACGCCAUGCGCAAGAUCACCUGGGAAAGACUAUCUGAGGAAAAGAAGGCAGCCAUUGAGCUAUGCCGCGAAGUCUGUGCCGAACUGAUCUUCGAUAUCGCCGCCACUUGGCGUGGUCAAAAAGCCUGUCAAAUAUCUGGCUGGAAUGCCACCUGGCUCAUAUAUCAAGCCGCAAUGGUCCCCCUAUUGUCACUCUACUCGGAUCCUCAUGACCCCGAGAUCGUGGGAAGCUGCCGUCAACAAGUCGAGAUCGCCAUACGCACCAUCAAAGAUCUUCACAGCUGGUGUCCGACCGCUCGCCGGUCUCAUGAAGUUCUCAUCAGACUCUACGAGGCAAGCAAAAAACAUGCAGCUGCCCUGCAGGAGCCACGAGAUUUAUACAUUCCCAACGCCAUGGGCACACCCGUAUCGACGGGCACUCCAGCGCCACUGUUACACCCACAGCCGACAUCCGUCUUACGUCCAACUUAUAUCGACGUGUCAUUCGCCAACGCAUAUGGCAAUCCACAAGACCUGAACACGGCCAACCAGGAAAUGUUCAUGGACAACAUGUUUGAUACCCUGAACUGGAGUACCAGCUGGGACAGCCCUAUUGGUGGGCCGCAGAUGAUGAAUGGCUGGGACCACAAUUCGAUGCAGACUUGGGCAGGCAACCCUCAAACGGAGGAUACAUAUUUCUCCUUUGGCUAUGUCGAUGAUGCGACGCAGAUGGGUUACGACAUGGAGAUGGAGCCGCCUAACCCGGGCGAUGUACUGAAUGGGCACUAUGCACAGAUGAGACAACGACACCCGAUCUAA